AUGGCCGACUCGAAAUCUCUCUCGUCCGUAAAGGACAAGGAGAGGGAUGAGUGGCAGGCGCCGACUGUCGCGCCUAGCACUGCCAGUGUUUCAGACAUGGAGAAGGACGAUGGCUUACGAUCAGACCGGGAGACCGUCCGCGAGACUGAGGAUGCUCCCGCCGCCGACGAGACUGUUCGGGACGAUGAGAAGCACAAUGAUUUGGCCAAGGCGCCCACGUCCGCCUCCCAAGCCGGUCAUUCUAUCAAGACCACGCCGACCAGAGACGAUGGCACCGAGUAUCCCACUGGCGUCAAGCUGGGCCUCAUUUCCCUGGCUCUAUGUCUCAGCGUGUUCUUGAUCGCAUUGGACAACUCUAUCAUUGCCACAGCCAUUCCCAAGAUCACCGACCAGUUCCACAGCCUGAACGAUGUUGGCUGGUAUGGAAGUGCGUAUCUCUUGACUACCGCCUCCCUACAGCUGCUCUUUGGAAAAUUCUACUCCUACUUCAGCAUCAAAUGGGUUUAUCUCAUUGCAAUUGGUAUCUUUGAGCUCGGCUCCCUUGUCUGCGGUGUUGCGCCAAAUUCGACUGCACUUAUUCUGGGCCGUGCCGUGGCUGGCCUCGGAUCCGCUGGUAUUUUCUCCGGCGCCCUGAUCAUCCUGGCGUAUUCCGUGCCCCUGGAGUCCCGACCUGUGUACACCGGUUUCAUCGGCUCCAUGUAUGGUAUUGCUUCUGUAGCAGGACCAUUGCUAGGAGGCGUGUUCACUGAUAAGGUCACUUGGAGAUGGUGCUUUUACAUCAACCUCCCCAUCGGCGCAAUCACAGUUGGCGUUAUCGCCAUCUUCUUCCCCGACCCGUCGCGCAAGACCCGAAACGACGACCCCAACAUGACCUUGUGGCAGCACAUCAUGAACUUCGACCCCUAUGGAACCGCCGUCUUCAUGCCCGCCAUCAUCUGCCUGUUGCUUGCGCUGCAGUGGGGCGGCACCACCUACGCUUGGAAGUCAGGGCGCAUCAUUGCGCUGUUCGUUCUCUUCGGCGUCUUCAUCAGCGUAUUCCUCUACAUCCAAUACCGACAGCAGGAGCAGGCUACGGUGCCCCCUCGCGUGUUCAAGAAGCGCUCGGUGUGGAGCGGUGCUUUCUUCAGCUUCUGCAUCGGUGCCGCUUUCCUCUCAUCCGUAUACUUCCUGCCAAUCUGGUUCCAGGCCGUCCAGGGCACCAGCGCCGUCCAGUCUGGCAUCAGGAAUCUGCCAAUGCUCAUCGCCUGCGUCCUCAUGUCCGUUGUCGCAGGUGGCACUGUCACUGCGCUGGGCUACUACACCCCGUUUAUGCUACUUGCUAGCGUGCUUACCGCCAUCGGAUAUGGCCUGAUCUCGACGUUCACACCGGACAUUUCUAAGGGCAAGUGGAUUGGAUAUCAGAUCCUGGCUGGCGCCGGUGUCGGCUUCGGCAUGCAGCAGCCCAUGAUUGCCGUGCAGACAGUCCUCGACAUCAAGGACGUCCCGACCGGCACCUCGGUCAUUGUAUUCCUGCAGACGCUCGGCGGCGCCCUCUUCGUCUCGAUCGCCCAGAACGUCUUCACCAACAAGCUGACCGAGUACGUCAAGGCGUACGUUCCCGGACUAGACCCCAAAAUCGUUCUUGCAACUGGUGCUACGAGCAUCCAGACGGAUAUCCCCAAGCAGUACCUCGAGGGUGUGACGUUGGCGUACAACGACAGUCUGACUAAGACCUUUGUCGUGAGUGCGGCUCUCGCGGCAGCCAGCAUCAUUGGCAGCUCCAUCAUUGAGUGGAAGAGCGUCAAGGGCAAGAAGAUUGAGAUGGCAGCCGCCUAA